AUGCACGUGCAUAGAAGCAGCUCGAAGAAGCCUGGAGCUUAUGAUAGUCUCACGAAAAGAAGAUAUGAUUGGUUUGUUCACACCAUCUUCUCCGCCGGGUUUAUCAUGCUACUCGCUGCAAUUAUCGAAUCGACAAAUAACGAAGGCCAACAAAUUCCUGUCCUGAGACCGAGCCCAGGAAUAUCCGAAGCAAUACACUUGCUGGAUUAUCUUGGAAGCUUUAACAACCAAGCUGCUAUCCAGAGGCGCGACCAGAUUCAAAAAUUGUACGACCGCAUCCCGUCACUCAUGAGUCAAUCUCGCUCCUCAGAGGGACCUACUACCAAUGAUGAAUCUCACCACGCGGGACUCUCUGCGCAAAAUCUCUCCGGUCCGAUCUACUCUGUCGGGAAUAACAUUGACGAGAGUCAAGCAGCCCAACCCUUCGAUUUCAUGGGAAAUGCAGGCAUGGAAGGCUGUACCGUAGGCUCCUUGCCUAUUGAAUUUCCAGAUGACCCCCAGGCAAUGUAUUCAUUGUAUCACCCAGAAGACUUUACUUUGACUGGGGGAGACAUUGCCGAUUUCGAAGAGCUACAACGUCAUCUAUUCGGAAAUGAUGGCUGA